AUGGCCAACCUCACCGCUAUCGCCAAAGACCUUGCACCUACUGGAACGCUACGUGCCUCCAUUAACAUCGGCAACCCCAUCCUUGCACAAGGUACCCUCGACGUGCCAACCGGCCCCACCGUCGACAUCUCACACGAAGUUGCGCGCCGCCUUGGUCUGCCUUUGCAACUCAUCGCCUUCAAUGCUGCACGCAAAUCGUUUGAGGCGAUGAACGAGGGGCGGGCUGACAUCUGCUAUCUUGCCAUCGAGCCCGUCCGCGCCGCCGAGGUUUCCUUCACCGCUCCAUACGUCCUCAUUGAGGGCGUCUUUGCUGUUCCGGUAGACUCGCCUAUCAAGACUGUCGAAGACGCUGAUAAGCCUGGCGUUCGCAUUGGCGUCAACGAAGGCUCUGCGUACCACCUGUACCUCUCUCGCACCCUCAAGCAUGCUACCUGCGUCUUUGGCGACGGUGACGGUCAGGACGUUUUCCGCGCCAACAAGCUUGAGGCUGCCGCCGGAGUUCGCGGUCCGGUGUUGGCCUACGUCGCUAAAAACCCUGAUCUCCGAGUAAUUCCGGAGCGAUUCAUGGUUAUUCAGCAAGCAGUCGGCAUCAAGAAGGGCAAGUCUCCGGAAACGGUUCAAUGGCUCUCGGAUCUAGUUGGCGAGUUGAGGGCAAGUGGAUUUGUGGCACAAGCUCUUGAGCGAGCAGGGCAGGACCCAGCUUUGGCUGCUCCGCCCGAUGCUACAAGCUGAUUGUUCUCGAUCUGUGAUUACUUGUAGGAGAGCAGCACAGGAUGCCGAAUUCGAAUGGAAAUCUCACUAGACAAUGACGAUAUCAAUAGAUAUUAC